CUGACCGCGAGCAGUGUUCUCCAUCAGAGUGAAUGAAACAACAAUACUCUGAUGCGCUGACAACUGCCGCAGCGAAUGGACAAGCGGCAGAAGUGAAGAAUCUCCUGCAGGCAGGAGCUCAAGUUAACGGGGUGAACCGUUUUGGACGAACCGCACUACAGGUGAUGAUGAUGGCGAGCACGCCGGUGGCUCAGGUGUUACUGGAGCACGGAGCUGAUCCCAACGUGGCGGACAGAAGCACGGGGGCCACCCCGCUGCAUGACGCCGCCAGGACGGGCUUUCUGGACACUGUGCGGCUGCUGGUGGAGAAGCAGGCUGAUCCUUGGGCCAGAGACAAUGCAAAGUGUCUGGCCGUUGAUUUGGCCAGAAACGAGGGGAAUACCGAUGUGGUUGCUUUUCUGGAGUCUCUAAAGCCUCCGCUGUGAUCUUUUUGUUUCCUGCUGUUUGUUUUGAAUGGGGACUCAGGACUCCUGGAAACGGGGCCUUAAGAGGCCUGCAGCCUGAAUUAUGCAUUUAGACUGUUUUGCUGUAAAAUGUAUUUUUAUUUAUUUGUCUGUUUUGUUUUUAGGCAUCAUUAUUUUAUUCUUAACGAAAUCAGGACUAUCUAUAGGCGUAGGGUCGCUGUAAUGGUAAAUAACAGCAGAACAAUAUUGUUAUAGGCUAAUGAUUUAACACCGGGCUGUUCAGCGUAGUUUUACUCAACUAGAACACAAUUUGUUGCAAUUUUAACUUCGUUGGAUUACUGAAAUAUUCAGAUAAGCCUAUAAAAAUCAGACUGUUAUAAGCUAGUGUACAGUUUUACUAUAAGCCUAUAGUAUUUGUAUAGUUUAAUGUAUUUUUAAAUAGGACUGUCUUUGGUUUUCGUUAUAAACCUAAUGACAUGACCGGAUUUUGACAGUUUCCAUGUCAAAUAUUUAACCAAAUAACACGAAAGCCAUUUAAAAUGUUUUGCACAUUUGAACAUUAUAGUGGCCAACUGAUGAAUCUUCUGUAAGUAUUAUCUUUAUUCUGAAGACACUUGGAAGUCCCAUUUCAUGUUUGUACAAAUGAUAUUCAGAUCUCUAUUAGGCCUAUGCAAUUUAUUAAAAUGCAAGAAGAUAGCAUUUUAAUGUAGGAAGCAAAAUUGUCUGCGAUGGACUGCGACCUGUCCAGUGUGUACCCUGCCUUUCGCCCGAUGUCAGCUGGAAUUAGCUCCAGCCCCCCGCGACCCUGUACGCAGGAUAAGCGGUUGACGAUGGAUGGAUGGAUGGAAGCAAAAUGGUGCAAUGUAAACAUUGUCUGAAGGAUAUAUUACUGAUAGGUGGGCCUACCAGAGAAUAAAAACAAUCAAACAAUCCUUA